AUGUAUCUCAAUAGUCAGCCGGUGUGGCAGCUAUAUUUCAAGUACAAAGAGUCUCUAUGGUUUGUCAUCGACUGGCCUCGUUCAGCAUCUCAUGCUGCGAUUGCGAGUCCUACACUGCUACCGUUUGAGGCAAAGUCAACGUCUCUAGACUCUACAAAGCAUUCAACACCAGACGAGACCGGAUCGCCAAAGGUGGGUGACGAAAGCAUCACACAGACAACGGCCGAUAAUGAGGUGCCAGCCGGAUUACCGCCAUUACAGCCGUCGCCCGAAAACGUGAUUCUGGCUGCAGAUGCGGUUGGGGAUUGGAUUGAGCUAAGUCUUUUUCCAUGUGAACUGGACACCGUUUCCGAACCGAUCUAUGAAUAUUGGAGACAGGCGGCGAAAGGUGAACUUCCUGUUCCACUGGCUGCUUGGCUAUCAACGGUGGCUUUUCAUGCUUCACGGAGGAAUUUCAUGGCAAUGAACCAUAUUUCUCCAACAUUUGAGAACAUCACGAGCAGGAUACUUAAAGAGAAGGAGAGUGUAAUUCUACUUCAAAGGCAUACCACAGCUUGCCUCACCGCUUGGUGGUCGUUGUACUGGAGGAACUACACUGACCACUAUAGGCGGUCAGCAGACUAUUUUGCCGGACGCCGGAUUGAGAGACUCCACGGUUCUGAUAUUGACAAGAUUCACCAGGCUAUUUUGCAGGACGCCAGAUGGAAGCAGGAACCCGCGGAUAUUAUACGACCGGACAUGGAUAGUCAGCCAAACAUGGAAAUUUUCGAUGAUGAUCUGACCUUUGAUUUGAUGCUGAGCAUGCGCAAACUACUGGCUUCUAAGGGUGCCAUAGCGGGUCUUGAAAUAUCACAAGACAACGAGCAUAUCUGUGAGUCCUUGCUGGCGCCCCUCCGCACGUUUCUCCGCGAUAAUAGCGAAUACGCAUUUAUUCCGUUUCAUUUGAUGUAUGGAUUGGAACUGUUAUUAACGAUCUACAAGGCCUUUCUAUGGCAAACAGGUGAUAUUGAAAAGCCCAAUUGUCGCAAUCUAGCAUUGGAGUUUGCCAAAGAGGUACGAAGGAGUAUUCUAGAGGCUGGAUCCGCACUAGAGUCGUCUGGAAAUCAAGAAUACACUGCCAAGGAAAGUAGCAUACGGCUCAAGGUGCAGGCGGCUAAGCUCGAUAAGUUCUCUUGCGAGCAGCGAUCUGAUCUGUAUUAUCAAUCUCCAUGGACAGCAGGAUGUCACAUGGUUGAGAUACUUGAUUCAUCCAUAAAAGUAUAA